AUGUUGGCAAGGUCCUGCUUGCGCUCGGCGCGCACAUUCACAAAUGGCGCCGUCACGAUUUCCAAGCGUGCGGCCUCUACUUCCAGCGGUGCUGGUGCCGAAGCUUCCCCGUCCCGACUGAACCUCGCUGCCAUCACGUCGACGUCGCUCGCCCUGGGCUCCAUGGCCUGGUACUACCACCUCUACGGACCCUCCGCGAACGCCGGGUCGCCUGCUGAGGAGGGUCUGCACCCCACCAACUACCCCUGGGUUCACGAGCAGUGGUUCAAGACCUUCGACCACCAGGCUCUCCGCCGUGGUUUCCAGGUCUACCGCGAGGUCUGCGCGUCUUGCCACUCCCUCAGCCGUGUCCCCUACCGAACUCUCGUCGGUACCAUCUUGACCGUCGAUGAGGCCAAGGCCUUGGCCGAGGAGAACGAGUACCCUGGCGAGCCCAACGAGCAGGGCGAUAUCGAGAUGCGUCCCGGCAAGCUUUCCGACUACAUGCCCGACCCCUACAAGAACGAGGAGGCUGCCCGCUUCGCCAACAAUGGUGCCCUCCCUCCCGAUUUGAGCUUGAUCGUCAAGGCCCGCCACGGCGGAUGCAACUACAUCUUCAGCUUGUUGACCGGUUACCCUGAGGAGCCUCCCGCUGGCGCCGUCGUCGCCCCUGGCAUGAACUUCAACCCCUACUUCCCCGGUACCGGCAUCGCCAUGGCCCGUGUCCUCUACGAUGAUCUCGUCGAGUAUGAAGACGGUACCCCCGCCUCUACCUCUCAGAUGGCCAAGGAUGUUGUCGAGUUCCUCAACUGGGCCGCCGAGCCUGAGAUGGACGACCGCAAGCGUAUGGGUAUGAAGGUGCUCGUCGUCUCGGCCUCCCUCUGGGCUCUCAGCGUCUGGGUCAAGAAGUACAAGUGGGCCUGGGUCAAGACGAGAAAGGUCGCCUACGACCCUCCCAAGGAUACCAAGGUUCGCCACUAA